GUGAAGCCGUGCUUGUUGUCUGGACUCUUUUCUGUGACAUGGAGGUCAGCGCAGAGGCCAAGAGGAUCAUGGUGGUGGCUCUGGGGAAACUGUACAGCUCCCGGACCCAGAGAGGGGGUCUCCGGCUCCACCGGAGCCUCCUCCUCACCAUGGUCAUGAAGUCCGCCCGGGACAUGUACCAUGCGGCCCAGGCGGCGGUGGAGAGUGGAGCAGUAGAAUGGGAGCACCAGUCUCCAGCUGAGGGGGCCACAGAGGCUGCUGGCGCCCCAAUGGAGCUCCAGAGCCCCGCUGCGACUAACACCGGAACCCCUCGGACUACUUCACCCCGAGAGGAGGUCCCAGCCUCCCCCACGGAGCUCCGCCGUGACGCGGACAACAAGGAGAACCUGAGCCCGUCUGGCCCGGGACAACAGUCGAGGAAGAGACGGGGGAAAGUAGCCGUGGAGCCGGACUUUCUACCCUGCAAGAAAGCAAAACUUGAGCAGGCCAACUGCCCUCCACAGCUCAUUGUGAACUCUGUUUUACUGGACUAUGUGAAGUGCAGCAGUGAGCUGGGAGCCCCCCCGGCCCCCAUACCUCUCCACAGAGCCGUAGCAGCGUGUUGAAGCUCAGCAGAUUAAAGGUGAUGAACUUUUCGACGCGGUCAAAGGAGCCUGAACGCAUCGGCAGACGGCCUCCACCGCCGGGCUCGUUGGGACACCCACCCGGGACAGAGAGUCCUGGAAGUCCGACAUGACUGGACAGGUCGGCGCAUGUUCCAGGGGCCACGGCAGCAGGCGGUGUGGAGGUCCCGGGGACUCCGGACCGGCCCCUGCUGGCCCAGGGCGGGCCUGAAGGGCCUGCUCCAUGUUUGGGGCCCUGAACUCCUCUAUGAACAUUUAUAAACACCAGAGACUGUAUAUAAAUGGGACCAGUGCUGGCUGGAGAUGAAGAGUGUUGAUGAAAAAGUGUAAAAAGGUUCAAUGACUACAACUACCUCAGUAUUUAUUAAACAUUUUUGUACUGAAAGUGAAUUGGGAGUGUUUGUAUUUUUCAAAACUAUUGAGAAGUUCCAAUUACAGUCAGAAUCUUCAUCUUGGGUAGAACAAAACAAAGUCUGGCAUCACAAAUUGAGAAAGAAAAAAAAUAUAUAUAUAUUGGCGUCUUUCAGGACUCUCAAGGUUGCAUUGCAAUAAACAAUUAAAAAUAAACACACAAAAAGGGAUUUUAUUAAAAAAAUAAAAAAAGGAAAGCAUAAAAUUAAGAUGUAUGAUGGUCAAAAACAAACUAAUUGAGGACAACCUGGAAUGAUAAAAAUAUUUUUUUGCAAAGAUAUAGAACAUAAAAACUGUCGGGUUAUUUUUUCAGCCAAGUACCCCCUAACCAGGGCAAAGCAUUUUUGGUUGAAAAAAAAACAACUUAAAAACAGCGCUGUGUCAUCAGGGUCUGAUUUAUUUAACUUUGGAACUGAUAAUAAUAAUGCAUAUUAUUUAUAGGCCCCUUUCAGGACUCUCAAGGUCACCUUACAAUAAACAAUUAAAAAUAAUAAUAAAACAGCAAUGACAGUAAUAAUAAACAACAAUAAAACAAUUACAAAUAAGAACGAUAAUAAAAAACAACAAUGACCGUAA